AUGUCAACCGGUAUGGUGAGUUUGGAUGAUAUUAUAGAGGAUGUAAUCAAGAAUAUUAAAAGUGUGUUCCAAAGCGAAGUUAAAUCUGAAAAUCAGCAAGAAGCUUAUAUAAUUGGGCUUAAAUUAACAUUGGACAGAUUAGCACAAGAGUCAGAGCUUGCGCAAAAAGAAGACUCGGACCCUGAAGGUGAACAUAGUUCACCGCCGGAAUCAGAAAUGGAAAAUGAUGAAAUAUCUGGAAUUAUCAAUAAUAUAAGUCAACCGAAUUGUGAAAUCCGAGCAUUCAUUGAAUAA